CAGCUAUUUCAGCCCCGGCGCAGCCGCACCAACACACCCGGCAGCACACACUCCUCUCACAGAGGCGCAGGCUGCGUUAGCGCCGUGCUGAAGCCAGCAUGACGGAUUUGUGGGGCUUUUCUUCUCCUGCACGGAUUAGCACGCGUUUCAGCGGCAAUAGAGCAGAAAUAAAACCCAGUGUAGAGUUUGUAGGCCUCGGCCUGGGAUUAAACUCCUGUGAUGGCGCGUUUGAAACGGAUAACGCUAGCAGGAGCGGUCUGCUGUACAUACCCGUCCUGUUGAGGGAUACUACACGGCUUUUACACACAUACACACACACUCAUACACACACACACGCUCGGGACUUUAGAGAUAUAUUUUACUAAAUACUUGUCCGGUUUCAGAGGAUUAACUCGGAGUGUAUAGUGUAAUACACGACGUGUGCAGCUUCUCCAGCUAGCUAGCAUGCUAGCAGCCAAGCUAAAGGCUAACGAAGCUGGGUCAGUCCGAUCUCUGUGCGCGGUUCUGAUGUGUGUUCUCACUGGUUCUGGUGAAAACGGGUCCGGAGAGGAGCGGUGCAGUGGGGUCGAGUGGUUUUGGUGGUGAAGAGCGUGUUUAGGAAAGCCCGCGGGGUUGCUCCGUGUGGACUAGCCCCAGCUAGUGAGUUUGCAGGAGACCUGGUGGCUGUGUUUGAAUUCCUGAUGGAGAUCAGGUUCAUGUCCAGGUCAUGAAGGCGUGUGAGGGAGUUAUCCCAGUCGUUUCAGCUGUGACAGGCGAGAGCCAAGGCGUUAUUAAUGGCUGUAUUGUGUAGGAAGUUCACUCCCCAUAACAUGGCCAUUGUUUUCAUACUUCAGAAGGUUGAUAUGAGUGGUGGAUGUCAGUGAUGGAGGAGGAGAGCUUGGCUUCCUGAGGGAAUGUAACAGUUUAACAAUCAGAAGAAGGCUUUCUUUCUUUUUCUGAAGAUGUUUAGUUUGAAAUGAUGAAUGUGAUGCUGUGUAAAUCAUCCUGUAGAUGUCAGGGUCGCUCGCACCGUCAGCAGCGAGAUGUGUCCCCGAUGGUCGUGAUGCUCCUCACAGCUCCAUGUGGAGCUUGGCAUGUCGUCCUCCGAGUUCUCCGCUGUUCUCCCACCUUCCCAACACACACCAGUCAAUGGAUUAUCUAUGCAAAACUGCCCCUGUGUGUGUGUGUGUGUGUGUGUGUGAGAGAGUGAGGGGUGUAAAAUCCAGGCUGUUCCCCAUCUGUACUGUUUACUGAAGAUGAAUUCAUGCUAAAUUAUUAUCAUUAUAAUGUUUUGCUGCACUAUUGUGUUAUUUUACAGAAUUAAAAUGGGGCAGUAAUAUGAACCUUGUCCUGUAUGAAGUGUAGACAGUUUGGGGUUUGAUGUUCACACAGAUUGUUGACAUUCAGGUGUUCAGCCUGCUGUACCACACACGCCGACUCGGGAAGGGCUGUUCAUUACCACGCCGUUAGAUGAGGUGGGAUGAAGCGUGUGCAGGAUCGAGGGUUCUCCUGGACCAGGCUUUCUUGGGUUUCUGCUGAUGUUUUGGUUGCCCUUAUAAUUUACUCGAACACGUCUUCUGGAAUAAGUGUGAGGAAUUGUGUAAUGAAUUGGUUGUAAGUCUUGUACCAACACCGGAGGACGACGUAAACCGCACCCAAGUCUCAGAAGUUAUUCACAGCGUACAGAUUUGCAUGUUGGGCUAAACUCGUGUCUAAUACGAGCCUGUGAGAAUGAAUCAGGUGGUCAUAAUGAACCGUGUCGGUAAAUGUUUAAGUACAGUCUUGGAAUGCACGCCAUAAUAUGUGGGAGGUAAUGGAAGAGCUAGAGGUACGUAACGCGGUGUCCGUCACGUAUUUUAGCUUUCAAGGGUAAUAAUUGGAAAGUUUCUGUCUUUCAAUAAUUCCUUAAAGCUAUUUCAAUUGUGCUGUGUGUGUGUGUGUGUGUUAGUUAGAUUAAGGAAAGCCAUAUGAAGUGAUGGACGACCACACAGUGCAUCAGACGGAGCACAUGACUACCAUCGAGGCCCACGCUGUUUCUCAACAGGUCCAUGUGUCUACCUACACCGAGCACAGCAUGCUCAGCGCCGACGAGGACUCGCCUUCCUCCCCUGACGACGACAUGUAUGAUGACUCGGACAUCCUGAACUCAGCAGGAACAGAUGAGGUCACCGCACAUUUGGCAGCUGCAGGUCCGGUCGGCAUGGCCGCCGCUGCUGCUGUGGCAACAGGGAAAAAACGCAAAAGGCCACACAUCUUUGAGUCAAACCCAUCGAUACGCAAAAGACAGCAGACUCGCCUGCUCAGGAAGUUGCGGGCAACACUGGAUGAAUACACGACGCGCGUCGGUCAGCAGGCCAUCGUCCUUUGUAUUUCUCCGUCCAAGCCUAACGCCGUGUUUAAGGUGUUUGGCGCCGCUCCACUCGAGAACGUGGUCAGAAAGUAUAAAAGUAUGAUCCUGGAGGAUCUGGAGAACGCCCUAGCUGAACACGCACCGCCCGGAGGUGGAGACCUGAGCUCUGAGCUGCCUCCACUCACCAUCGACGGCAUCCCCGUGUCUGUGGAUAAGAUGACGCAGGCUCAACUCCGAGCUUUCAUUCCUGAGAUGCUGAAAUAUUCUACCGGCCGGGGGAAACCUGGCUGGGGGAAGGAGAGCUGCAAACCCAUUUGGUGGCCUGAGGACAUUCCCUGGGCCAACGUGCGAAGUGACGUGCGUACCGAGGACCAGAAACAGCGGGUGUCAUGGACGCAGGCCCUGAGGACGAUCGUUAAGAACUGCUACAAGCAGCACGGGAGAGAGGACCUACUCUAUGCAUUUGAAGACCAGCAGGUCACGCCUCAGCAGGUUGCUGCAGCCGCAGCACACAGCAUCGCACACCUGGUGCCUUCACAAACAGUCGUUCAGACAAUCACUAACCCCGACGGAACUGUCUCGCUCAUACAGGUGGGCACUGGGGCGACUGUAGCCACGCUUACUGAUGCAUCCGAUUUGCCAGGCACUGUUACUGUCGCCCAGGUCAACUAUUCUACAGUGACCGACGGGGAGGUCGAGCAGAACUGGGCAACGUUGCAGGGAGGUGAGAUGACCAUUCAGACCACGCAAGCAUCCGAGGCUACACAGGCAGUAGCGUCUUUAGCGGAGGCCGCUGUCGCCGCCUCCCAAGAUAUGCAGCCAGGAGCGACCGUUACCAUGGCGCUCAACAGUGAGGCAGCGGCCCACGCUGUGGCAACGCUAGCAGAGGCUACUCUUCAAGGAGGUGGACAGAUUGUGUUAGCAGGAGAGACGGCAGCUGCGGUCGGAGCUCUCACUGGAGUGCAAGAUGCCAAUGGUUUAGUCCAGAUUCCUGUGAGUAUGUAUCAGACUGUAGUUACCAGUUUGGCCCAGGGAAAUCGGCCUGUGCAAGUCGCCAUGGCUCCGAUCGCCACGCGCAUCGACAACACCGUAACACUGGACGGGCAGGCUGUGGAGGUUGUAACCUUAGAACAAUGACUCUCCUGCCAGUAUGUUGGAUAAAAAAAACCUGUGCCCUUCCAUGAAUGGAUAUUUUUAACAGGGAAUUGAAAUGUUCCAGGAUUCAUGCUUGUUUUUUAGUAGUGUAAUCAUUGUGUUUCAAAUAAUGUUUGGAUUUUUUUUUUUUUGUUGUUGUUGUGCUUUGUGUUUCUAGUCAUAGGAUAUAAAUAGACCAAAUAAAUAAAUGGACCAACGUCAGUGUGGCAGCAGCAGCAGCCCCUGAAUACCAUUCUUCUACAUUUGUCCUAGCCAAAAGAAUCCUUUUUUUUUUUCCAUCUGUUUUAAUAGCCGAAUUUAUUUUAUCCGCACGUUGAUUUCCGAACAAUGUGUCUGUGCCAUUUUAUUUACACUUCUGUUGUCCUAAAAGUCAUAAGUUGUGCUAGUUUGCUUGCAUUGUGAUAGAUCUGAUGUAGGCCAGCAGAAAAAAAACAUGUACUUUAAGUGUGGGGUUUUUUUUUGUUGUUGUGUUUUUUUUUUUUGUUUUUUUUUAGUUUUGUUUUUUUGCAUGUCACGAGUGAAUCUACAGAAUACAAAUAUGUCUCUCUGAAUUUAUUGAGGUAUUCUUGUUGCACCGAAUAUCUGUUACCGUAGAGUUUGAGUAUUAUGUUACAAGUGGAAGGUCACUGAAAUGCCUUUUCACUGGCGUUAAACGGACACGUUUAACGUUAAACUAAUGUAAAAACUCCCGCUGACCCCAGUAUUCAGCAGUCUGUUUUUAAAAGCGUUUAUCAAUGCUCAGUGCGAUUCGGAGUAUGUGUAGGUGUACUCUCUCUCACAUUUUCUGAUAUUUUCAUCCUGUAAAUCUAAAUCAUAUAACAGUGUUCCUCCACAACUACAUAAUGCUUAUUUGCUCAUUUAAAUAACAUUUUCCCCAAGUCCACUUUCAUCACUCUUCCAUGCCAGAAAUAACUCCACAGUUGUGAUUUAUUGUGCAUAAAGAUGAAGAUUAUUCUAUGA